AAUUAUUUUAUCUUUUUAAUUUGCUACCAUGAUUUCAGCCCACUAAUAACGGAGCUGCCAGUUUGAUCCUCCGCUUUUUCUCAGUGACCUUUCGCGAAUCUCAAUCGUUGAUAGUGAACUGUGAAUAUUCGUCGGCGAGGAUUCCGGCGACUUAAGUCUAACGCCAUACCGGCAAAAAAAAAGUGCGUAUGGAGCUAAUGACUCAUUCCUCCUCCUUUCUCCUCCCGACUCCUCCGGCCGACGACAACGGCCCGGCUCUAACGUACGCACUUGUCGUCCUCAACCAAAGCCUCCCUCGAUUCACUCCUCUGCUCUGGAAAGCAGCACAGCUCCAUGUCUGCGCCGAUGGUGGAGCCAAUAGAGUGUAUGAUGAAUUGCCUCACGUCUUCCCUCAUGAAGACGCAUCUGAUGUUCGCAAGAGGUACAAACCAGAUGUCAUAAAAGGGGACAUGGAUUCAAUCCGAAGUGAAGUUCGAGACUUUUAUACUGGCCUCGGCUCAAAAGUUGUUGAUGAAUCUCAUGAUCAAGACACCACAGAUUUGCAUAAAUGUGUUGCUUAUAUUCAUGACUUAUCUCACAUGAAAACCACGAAUUUGUGCAUUCUCGUUGUUGGAGCACUUGGUGGAAGAUUUGACCAUGAGAUGGGAAACAUCAAUGUUCUCUAUCGAUUUGCAACCACAAGAAUAGUUUUUCUGUCUGAUGAUUGCCUCAUCCAACUUCUUCCAAAUACCCAUCACCAUAAGAUUCAUAUCCAAUCUGUUGAAGGCCCACAUUGUGGUCUCGUUCCCAUUGGAAUGCCUUCUGGGAGAACCACAACCACUGGGCUCAAGUGGAAUCUAGCUAAUACUGAAAUGAGGUUUGGCAGUCUAAUCAGCACCUCAAAUAUUGUCCAAGAAGAUGUAGUUACUGUGCAAUCGGAAUCUAAUCUUCUUUGGACAGUCUCUAUCAAAAUGCCAUGAGGUAUACAACAUGUAAGACCUUUGCUGAGGAUGCUUUAACAAUCACCUUGGCUUGAAUACUAAAAAAAUCAACACUUUUUGGUCUCCGUAUCAUUGUUGUCCCUUUCAGAUGGAGCAUUUGAACAAUUAUUGUAAUAUUUCUUUAGUUAAGGAAUAUACCGUCUUUGUAUUAGUCCAGUUACGGGUACACAGUACUCUUGUCGGAGUAAGUUUGUAAUUUGCUAAAAAUUUUAUAAUACCAAACAUUAGUGUGAAUAAA